AUGACGUCCACCGGCUCUGGAUGGACACAGCUGCGGCAACAGACUCGUUCACUCGAGACCCAGACCGAGAACCUCUUUCACACAUACGCACAAUUUGCCGCGCUCAAUAAACCCCCACCAAACCCAACAGAAGAAGAACUUCGCUUAGAGUCUCAAUUAAAAGACCUCCUCGAGCAGCGAGAAUCCCUAGUCGCCCAACUCGCCCGUCUCCUCGACUCCGAAGCAACCCUCACAUCAUCAGCCCUAAAACAAAACUACCUCUCCCGCCACCGUGAAAUCCUCCAAGACCACCGCCGCGAACUCCGCCGCCUCCAAACCGCUAUCGCCGACUCCCGCACCCGCGCCAACCUCCUCUCAAACGUCCGCUCCGACAUCGACGCAUACCGCGCCUCAAACCCCAAUGCCGAAGAGGCAGAUUACAUGCUGGAGGAGCGGGGCCAUGUGGAAAACAGCCACAGCAUGAUCGACGGUGUGCUCAGCCAGGCAUACUCCAUCAAUGAGAGUUUCGGCCUACAGCGUGAAACUCUGGCCAGCGUUAAUCGGCGUAUUGUCGGCGCAGCGGGCCAGGUGCCUGGCAUAAACUAUCUGAUCGGCAAGAUUGGGACGAAGAAAAGGCGUGAUUCUAUCAUCCUUGGCGUUUUUAUCGGUCUUUGUUUCUUGAUGCUGUUAUACUUCCACUAG